AUGGUGUGGCUCCUAGAUCAAGAGUAUGACAGGGACCACCGGGCUUUUCAUAUGACGGAGAGGACAACGGAUCUUCACCCUUUGAAGAUUCGUUACCAUGGCACAGUGGAUAUGGCGUAUGACGAGAGGUACACGGAGUUCAUACAGCCUACCGGUCUUCUCCCGUUCAUAUCGCUUGUAAGCCGUGGGGGGCCGAACAUGAACGCCGCGGAACUCACCACCCUUGUCGACCGGUGGAGGCCGGAGACGCACACCUUCCACUUGAGGGCCGGCGAGAUGACCCCUACUCUCCAGGAUGUUUCCAUGAUCCUUGAACUUCCUAUUCAGGACGAGCCACUGUGUAUGAACACAGCUUCUGAUGGGUGGCGCCAGAAGAUGGAGGCGCUUAUUGGCAUGGCUCCUCCGCCGCCAGCAGAUCCAAAGGCGCGAGCUCCCGCCGGCGCAGCUUUCUCUUGGAUCACUCUUAACUUUGGACAAUGCCCUCAAGGGGCCAACGAGGACACUAUCAGGACGUACACCCGCGUGUACUUGUGGUACAUGAUUUCGAGGACUCUCUUUCCUGACAGUGGUGGGAAGUUGGCCCAUUGGUGUUGGCUCAAGGCGCUUACGGUGUUGGAGCACCGGUGGAGUUGGGGAACAGCGGCACUUGCCUACCUCUACCGGCAGGUGAUGGUGGAUUGGGAGCCAUAUGGUACCUACUACCGUAUUGGCGCGGGGAUGCCUGAUCUCAACCACAAGUGCCUUGAGGAGGCGCGGUUCUGGCAUUCCUGA